GGGCGGGGGUCCCCUCCCUCUCGGGCCCUGGACUCAGCUUGGCGCGCUCCCCUCUGGGUGCCAUGGCCUCGCGGCUCCUGCACCGGCUGCGACACGCCCUGGCUAGCGAUGGCCCCGGGGAGGCGGCGGCAGGUCCCGAGGCCGAGCAGUUCCCAGAAAGCUCCGAGCUGGAGGACGACGACGCCGAGGGCCUGUCCUCCCGCCUCAGCGGCACCCUCAGCUUCACCAGUGCUGAGGAUGACCCGGACGACGAAGACGAGGACGACGAGGCGGGCCCCGACUCGCUGCCCUCCGGAGACGGGACAUCGGGAGAAGACGCAGAACGAAGUCCCCCACCUGAUGGACAGCGGGGCAGUCAACCCCUGGCUCGGCAGCUGCAGGAUUUCUGGAAGAAGUCUCGUAACACACUAGUUCCACAGCGGCUGCUCUUUGAGGUGACCAGCGCCAAUGUUGUCAAGGACCCUCCCUCCAAGUACGUGCUCUACACCCUCGCCGUGAUGGGCCCAGGGCCACCAGACCACCAGCCAGCCCAGAUCUCCCGCCGCUACUCGGACUUCGAGCGGCUGCACAGAAACCUGCAGCGGCAGUUCCGGGGCCCCAUGGCUGCCAUCUCCUUCCCCCGUAAGCGCCUACGGCGGAACUUUACUGCAGAAACCAUUGCCCGCCGUAGCCGGGCCUUUGAACAGUUUUUGGGCCACCUGCAGUCAGUGCCCGAGCUACGCCAUGCCCCAGACCUGCACGACUUCUUCGUGCUGCCCGAGCUGCGGCGGGCGCAGAGCCUCACCUGCACUGGCCUUUAUCGUGAGGCUCUGGCGCUCUGGGCCAACGCCUGGCAACUGCAGACUCAGUUGGGCACCCCUUCUGGCCCAGACCGCCCCCUGCUGACUCUGGCUGGGCUGGCUGUUUGCCAUCAGGAGCUGGAAGAUCCUGGGGAAGCUCGAGCCUGUAGUGAGAAGGCCUUGCAGCUGCUGGGGGACAGGAGACCCCAUCCUUUCCUGGCACCCUUUCUAGAGGCCCACGUGCGGCUCUCCUGGCGCCUGGGCCUAGACAAACGGCACACGGAGGCCCAGCUUCAGUCCCUACAGGAGGCAGGCCUUACCCCCAUCCCACCCCCCAGCCUCAAGGAGCUGCUUAUCAAAGAGACGCUGGACUAACUUUCACCAGUCUUAAGGGCACUUCCGGGAGAGGGGCUGUCCCAAGUCAGGGGGCUGGAGGCCAUGGAGGUCACAGUGAGCAACCAGGGGCUGGAAAGGGCUCUGGGAACCCCUAAAGUAGUUCCAGAGAGUCUGCAGCAGAUGGGAGGAACUUUGUUUUGUGGGGCUGGAAUCCAAACAGGCUUUGGCUGGGGUUACCCUAGGAUGAUACAAGAAGGAAGUUUUGGCACAGGCUCUUCAGCCUACCACAGCCACAGGCUGUGGCCAAGGUCAGGAUCAAUGUUUCCUUUUCCAUGAGCCUCUGCACCAGUAAAAGAGCUUGGCUGAAGGGCUGGGGACUACUACUGGAGUUUAGAGACAGGAGGAGGGCUGUAGUUCUGCCCAGGGAAAUGAAGGUAAGCUACUCCCGUGUUAGCAAUUUCUUUAUUGGAUAUGAGAGGUAGGCAGCCCAGCUCUCAGCUGUGACUCCUGCCUCAGGAAGGCAGUGGAAGGAAGGGGUUCUUCAAAGUCCCAGGCCAAGCCAGUUAGUUAUCUUUGACUACAGCUUACUCGCCGAUGCCCGAGGCUUCAAUCGGAUCACACCCUCCUGGGCACAGGUCACAGCAAGGACCCCAUCCUGACGCCACAGCCGCCCAUGCACUAGCCCUCGAGAGCCACCUGUGGACGGGAAGGUUGAGAAUGGCCUCCGCUUCAGUACAAGCCUGCUUUGCCUGUGGAAGGGGUUGAUACAAGGCAGAGCUGCCCCACACACGGGUGCAUUGGAACAACCCCUGGCGAGCCUGUUAUAGCCGCAGGGGGAGGGGCUCCCCCUCCACUUGAUGGCCUAAAAGCACUUUCACACAUCUGAUCACAGGGAAAGGCGCUCUGACAUCAGUCUCCACUGGCUUGGCCAAGCAGACUGCUGCUUCUCAGGCCACUGGUCAGAAAUCCCCUUCUUCCCUUUUAUGAUAAGCCAAGCAAGUCCUCCCGGUUGGUCAUCCACCACCAAGGGUAGAGGGUGGCUCAGAGAGGACCUGAGACCAUGAGGUAUGACCUCCUUCCCUUUCCAUCUAGAGGUUCUUAGCCUUGGUGGCUCCAGCCUGAGUUAGCUAUCCUUAGGAAGCUAACUUGGGCUCUCUUUACGCACAGCAGAGCCCACUCUGGUCUAACUAGCCAGUAAGACAGUACACUAAAUGACACUAAAGUUCAAAGAGGCUCAGGCUUGGCCCCAAGGAGCAGGUCAAAGCUGACUGAGUGUCCUAACUCCAAGGUCAGGAAUCUUGUCCUGUGCCUGUGCUGCUGCUGGUGUCUGAGUAACCCUUUCCUGACUGUAAAGGAUUAGUUACGUUUUGUUCAUUUUAUAAAGCAAAGCUUUUCUUCCUUUGAA